AUGGGCGACUUACCAGUACCGCGCAUAAAAGCCAGUAGAGAUUUCCUAAAUGUCGGCGUAGAUUAUGCAGGCCCCUUCAAUAUUUCCAUGAGUCGUCACAGAGGCGCUCGAACCUACAAGGCUUAUAUAUGCUUGUUCAUCUGUUUAGCCACUAAGGCGAUACAUCUCGAAUUAGCUUCAGAUUUAACAAUCGAUACAUUUUUAGAUUGCUUAAAACGAUUCCUAGCCUGGCGUGGUCCUAUUAAAUGUAUUUACUCCGAUUGUGGAACCAAUUUUAUAGGAGCUAAAAAUACUCUUGAUUCCUUAUUCCUUCUUCUAAAUUCCGAAGAGUAUAAAAAGCGUUUCAAUGAAUUAUUGGUUUUACAUGAUAUUGAAUGGAAAUUUAAUCCACCGUUUGCCCCACAAUUUGGAGGUAUAUGGAAGGCGCAUAUUAAAUCAGUGAAGACCCAUUUGUUUAAAGUUAUAGGGUUGCAAAUUUUAUCCUACGAAGAGUUUAAUACUGUCCUCAAUCAAAUCGAAGCCUUACUAAAUUCAAGACCGUUAUGUUGGCUGAGCAAUGACCCAUCGGAUCCUCAACCUCUUGCGCCUGCGCACUUCUUAAUGCAAGAGCCUCUGUCGGAUUUGCCCGUUGACUAUAAUAAGUUAUUAUUAUUAAUAACUUGA